GUAACACUGCAUAGGAUAAUUUUUCCUUAAAAUUUUUUCUUGUGGGAUUAUUUUUAAUUGUUUUAAUGACAAUCAGUAAUACUUUGAGAUUAAGAUGUCUUCAAUAACCCUUCAGGCGGAGGCUAUGGACGGACAAGAGGAGGAGCAGAAAGAGGAGGAGGAAAAGGCUAAGAAGAUUGCCUCAUGGUUGAAAAAGAUUUUUGGUGAUCAGCCCAUUCCCAAAUAUGAGAUGAAUCCACGGACCACAGAUAUCUUGUAUCACCUUUCAGAAUGCAACACAGCACGAGACAGGGAUGUCUCCUUGGUAGUAGAAGACUUGAAACAGAAGGCAAGAGAAUAUGAAUCAGAAGCCAAGUAUAUCCAAGAUCUUCUCAUGGAAAGUGUCAAUCUGUCUUUCACCAGUCUCUCUAGUAUUGGAAGCAGCCAUCUUAAUGCUUUAGUUGACAGCGCACUGGUGCUUGAAACAAAUGAUACCUCCCUAGCUAGUUUUAUCCCUGCGGUGAAUAGUUUGGCUGCUGAUCUUUUUCGCACCAAAGCCAGAAAUGAAGAAAUGGAGGUUGAAUUGAGCAAACUGGGAAAAAAUCUAACUGCAAAUCUAAUACUAGAAAAAUGUCUACGAGAAAUUCCAUGGAUGCUGAGCUCACAAAGAAGGUGGACAUGAUGGAAUUGUUACCAGAUCAAAGUAAGCGGCGAUUUACCUAAUAAGUAAAGUGAAUGGAAAAAGACUUAAAACUUUU